AUGGCUAGGCAACAACACAUCAAGGUCGAAGUCUUCCUUCCAGUGGAAUGCUUCAACGCGCUCAAGGACUCUACAAGCGCGCACCAUGAUACCGAAGAAGAAGAUCGCACAGCAGCAAUGGUACUCCUGCUCGAGGAAAUCGACAAUGGACCUUUCCUGUACCCAAUCUUUGUCGAGUUUUGGGGGCAAACACGCCAAAUCUGGAUUGCGCCAGGAUGGACCAUUGCGAAAAUAUGGGAGCUGCUGGAGGAACUUUACGGUAUCAAGCGUCUAGGCCUCAAAAUGGCAUUUCAAGGUCAAGAAAUCGCAGACGACGACCAGCGUGAUGUGCGGGAUUUCAGAGCGGGUGCGACCUUCUACAUCGUCCCCGAAAGCUUUUGGAACUUAUGGUAG